GCAGAUGUCUGUAGAGAUGGUGGAGGAGCUUUCAGUGAAAACAGCCCAGCCGGUCCGCCCGGCCGGGAUUCUACAGCAGAACCGGGUCUUCCUCGACUUCUUCUGGGACUUUGCCAAACCGGACCAGGAGGUCCGGCUGAAGGCGGUAGAAAGCCUCAUUCAGUACCUGAAAACCAACAACCAGGCAGAUGAGUUGGAAUACACCUUUAAAAGGCUGGUGGAUGGUCUGGCUCACACACGAGAGGCGGCAAGACCUGGAUUCAGUCUGGCUCUGGGACAGGUCUUGAGUGCCUUUGAAGAUGUCUCUCUGCAGGAUAUACUCGACAGAAUCAAAGAAAAGCACAAUUUGCAGAAAGUGAAAAAGAAACUUGUCAGAAAUGCUAUGUUUGGGAAUUUGUUUGGCGUCCUCGCUCUUCAUCAGUCUGGCCGCCUCUCAAAAGAGCCACAGGUGGUGCUGGGAUGUGUGCAGCUCCUCCAGAGCCUCAGCGAGCACAGACAACACCUGAAGGACCUGCCCACUAAGACCAUGAUGGACAUCCUAAAUGAGAUUCCAGAGGAGGUUUUUGAGGAGGUUCUGCUGGGCGCUCUGCAGACUGACCUGGCAUCAGCCUUCAGGACUCCAGAGCAGCUGCAGCUGCUGCUGGUAGCACUGCAGCGCUUCCCACAAACCCUCAAACCCAAGAAACUCAAGAAGCUGCUGGGCUCGUCAACCAUCAUCAACGCUGACAACAUCCCCAAGCUGACAGAGGUGUUGAAGAUGGCGGCCCGCUCAGUGAAGAAGGAGUGUGUUCUCCCAGCAGUGGUCCUGGACCUAUUGAAGCUCUCUCUGAGGGAAGACAGCUUCCAGCUCUUCUGGAAUAAAGCCAUCGUUGACAGCAUGUUUAAGGAGCAGCCGGGACCAACUCACUACCUGAGUUUCCGUCUGCUGGGCAGCGCCCUGCCUCUCCUGUCUAUAGACCAGCUGAAGGAGGUUUUGUCUGGAGAGGUGAUGAUGCACUACGGGGAACAUGUGGUGUCUGCUCAGAAACCAGACCGCUUCAAGCUGGCCCCAGAGAUGGACGUCUAUGUGUCGGACUUCUUGCAGAACUGUCAGGACUCUGACAAACAGCUGGCAGUGAUGGUGGCCUUCUCUUCACUGACCAACCAGGGUUACCCUGUGGUGCCAUCGGUGUGGAAGGUGGUGCAGCACCUCCAGCCAGCAGCUCUGCAGAGCUACGUGGAGUGGCUGAAGACCAUGUUCUUGCAGCCUCAGCUGGACAAGCUCCUGGACUUCAGCACUCGCAAGCAGAAAGACAAUCAGGAAGCUCAAAAGGAGAACUCCAUAUUCCGCCUGAGGAAGUGGAUUAUUGCUCGGCUGUCCUCGAUCAUUGACAACCACCAGGUGAAGAAGCAGGAGGACCUCAUCAUGGAUGUGGCCAGGUUCGUCUUUUUCCAUGCUUUCUUCAGCACCAAGAAGCCGACUAAAGACAUCCCAGAGACAGCGGGGAAACUUUCCGUCCCACUGGAUGAUAAAACCAGAGGAGUGCUUGUCAAUUCUUUCUUUGGGCUCCUCAUGUCCAUGCACCACCUGCCUCUCAUUGAGAACUCGGCCGAGGGGGCGGCGACUGUCAAUCAAAAGCGAGCGCUGGGUGUAACAGCCGACGGCACCAUGUGGAUCUACCACCUGGUCCAGUACGCCCAAGUCCUGCUCAGCCAGCCAAAACACGUCCAGAGUAGCCAGUCCUUCAGCGCUGAGCAAAGACAGGCCUGGGACAGCAUGCUCGAGUCAGUGGAGAGCUUGAAGAAGAAAGCAAAGAAAGGCCAAAGUGCAGAGUGGAGUGCUUUCCAGCAGCUCUUCCUGUUGGUCGGCAUGCAUCUCUUCAAGGCUCCUGAAGAGCUAGUUGACGUCUUGAAGGACCUGCAGAGCUGUAUGGACAAAGCCCAGGAGAAGAAGGUCAAGAAGAAAAAGAAGAAACAAGAGCAGGAGGAGGAGCCUGAGUGGGUGGAGGUGAUGGUGGACAUCUUGUUGUCCCUUCUGUCCCAGCCGAGUCGACAUAUCAGACAGGUCUGCAGGACCGUCUUCUCUUCCAUCUGCCCCCAUGUUACUGCAGCCGCCCUCACCGCCAUCUUAGACGUCCUGGACUCAGAAAAGGAUGACGAGGAGGAUUCUGCCGUGUUCGUCACUGACGAGAUUGACAAAACCCAGAAGAAAUCAGAGGAAGAUGAAGAUGACGAAGACAUGGAGGUUGACAAGUCAGACGAAUCAGAUGAUGAGGAUGAAGAUGCAGAUGGUGAAGCAAUGGAGGCGGAAGAGGAAGAGGAGGAGGAUGAUGAUGACGAUGAUGAACUAGAGGAGGAAGGAGAGGUGGACCAAAACUUCCGUCUGGAGCUGAUGAAGGUCCUGCAGCAGCAGAAUGCUUUGGCCGCAGAGGAGGACGGCAGCAGUGAUGAAGAUAUGGAUGAUGAAGCCAUGAUGGAGCUGGAUAAGAGCCUGGCAUCGUUGUUCUCAGAACAGAAGAAAAAGGCCUUGGCCAAGAAGGACGAAAAGACCAAAAUACAGAAAGAGAAAAUGCUGGUUCGAGACUUUAAGAUCAAGGUGUUGGACCUGAUCGAGGUGUUCGUGGCUCGGCAGGCGGGCAGUCCUCUUGUGUUGGGUUUGGUGGAGCCUCUGCUCAGCAUUAUCGACAAAGGAAUGAGCUCCGACAGCCACCAACAGGAGCAGGACUUCCUCCGCAGAGCUGCAGAUAUCUUCAGGAACCAGCUCUGUAGGUCCAAGGUUUACUGCAGGACUGCUGGUGACAGACAGGGGGAGCUCCAUGACCUGCUGGACAAACUGAUGACUAAAACCCAGAAACUGUCCGACUCCUCCGUCUGCCUCUAUUACUUCAGUGCCUCUCUGUACGUGGUGAAAGUGCUCCGAGGAGCUCCUCCUGCUGAGACCAAAGAGGAGCCGACAGCCGCAGCAAUCGACUUGAAGUUCAUGGGGAACGUGGAUGUGGAUCGGGUCUCCACAAUCUUCCGAAAUGCUCUGAGCUCCUUCAUGAGCCGGAGAAAGAGCCCUAUGACUGCUCAGAUGUUCACCGACUUGUUCAACAGAUUCCCUGUUUUGUGUGUCAACCUGUUGGAUACAGCUGUGCAGCACAUCACAUUUGGGGUCAGAGAACACCAGCAGGGUCUAGCAUGUAUGUUGGUGUUGAGGGCAAUGCAGAGCAGGGAGGUUCAGCAGCUGUUGAGCGGCGAUCUGUGGACGGAGCUCUUUGUAAAGGUUGCAGGUCAGCUGGCAACGUGUCUUCAGGCUGUUGGUCAAACUGAGAGCAAAAUGGUGAAGGAGAAAGUGGUGAAAAUCUUGGAGCUCUGUCAGUUCCUAGUGAAGAUCGUCCACCUGCAGAAACUGACUGUAGACCUGGAGCCCCUUAAAACGGUCCUGCAGUCCCUGACCAGCGUCAUCACCUUCAAUAAGACCGGCAAGCUAGAAGACACCUACUGGGCCGUGAUGAAACACUUUGGAGUCAUGAAGCCCAAAGUUGAAAAGACAAAGCCUGACAAGGAAGCCGACCAACAACAAGCUCCCAAGAAGAAGAAAGGUUUUCUACCUGAGACGAAAAAGCGGAAGAAGCGCAAUAAGCCUGUUUUAGAACCUGCGGGGAACAACUCGACCCCCACAAACAAACCAGAGGAAGCGAAAGGACAAGCCAAAAAGAAAAAAGACAAGAAAAUGAAACUGAAACGACCGGCCGAUGGUGCAGCGGCUCCACAUCCCAACCCAGCCAAAAAGAGCAAGACACAGUCUGACAGCAAGCCAGCCAAGAAGAAGAAGCCCAAACAGAAGAUAGAGGGAGGAGGGAAAAUAUAAAGUGGAUGCUUGCUAUUUAAAUGGACACAAAGAAACUUUUGUUGAUUGUCUUUUAGAGUCAGUUAGUUUUUCUACUGUCCACGCAGUUUACAUGGCUGCUGAUUGACGAUAUCUUGGUAAAUUUCAGCAUGAGAGAUUUCCAUACUGAAAACUUUACAUGUGGUGAAAGUUAGUUAAGAAAGGUUAUUUUUUCUAAUAUGUGAAUGCUAUCGAUUAGAAAAAAAUGUCUACAACAAUAAAUUGUUUUCUCUUCCUGCAAAUCCAACUCCACUCCCACUUCAGAAUGGCUUCAUGCAACAUUAAUAAGAAAUGUGUGAAAUGUAAAAUUUCCUGUCA